CAUACCAGCUCAGUGCUGGUCGGCCGCGCAAGUUGCUGGUGACGCUGCGUUUCAUGGCGGCUAAGAUGGCAACUCCCUUGGAAGGAAGAGGGAGAAAGCGCAAGCGGCAAGUAUCCUGGGCCGCGGCGGAACUGCUGGAAGAGGUGAAACUGUUCCACAUGGCGAAACCCGUAAACCCUUCCAUACCGCCUCCCGUCGUUGAUGAUGGUGGGGAAGAUGCUGCUAGCCAACCAGGACUAGCGCUUCUCGGUCUGCUCGGUGUCGAGUCAUCGUCAUCACUGCCAGCAUCUACAUCAUCGUUCUCAGCGGCUUCACCCUCCCCCGCUUCUGUUGAUUCAUCUAGCACCACCUUUCACGCUCCUGUCGGUGGUGCGGGGAUAGUGAACGGAGGGGAUAAUUCCCACCCAUCGACCACCUCUGCACAGCUGCCUUCAGACGUGCAAGGUGGAAGUUUUGUCGGCAGCAGUAGUCAUAGUGGAGACGGGCCUGGCGGGACGGAAGGGGGACCAGCGACCGGACGCACGGUCGGAGCAAGCAGACUCUUCAAGGGCUUUGAAAAGACGGAGACAGUAGUAAGGAGGAAGAAGCUGGCGCCGCCACCCCCACCGGCUGGAGCACCUCCGCCAAUACCCCCUUCUGGCGAAGGAGAGCACGUGACACAUCGAUACCCGAAAGAUAUUUGGCCAGGGCACAAACCUCCAAAUCACAUCGUCGGAGGGGAAGGGGCAAACGAUGGCGAGAGAGCUGGGGAUGAGGAACAGCUCGAAUUUUUCUGCGACGGGUGCGACGAGACGAUUCCCAGCGGCGUCGAGCGCAUGGAGUGCGCGGUGUGCCCUGAUGAGUUCUGUCUGUGUCAUGCUUGCUACGACGAGGGAGAGGUCCUUGAUAAACGGCACAAGCAUGAGCUCCUGCCCUCCGCAGCUCCGUUUCACGUUACGCGUGCUGCCCCGAGCGCCGCGGCGGCGCUGGAGGCAGCGAAAGCGUUGCAUGUUGCCGAGGCACACCACGGGCAAGGCUUGGCCUACGAUGAGGCCGACCUAGGAUAAAAGCUCUACAACGCUUCCUUGGACGUUGUGAUAACGGGGGUUGGUGUUGCAUGCCCAGUGCACUGCUGUAAUUUGCGUCCAUGUCGUGGUUCACAGUCGAUGACACGUCGGAUAGAUGCCUCAUAUGUGUUGGUGUUGGUGUUCGUUUUGGUGUAGAAUCCGCGAUUUUCCGGCCAUGACAAGAUAGAACUGGACGCCAGUCGCACUUGGACGACAGCAGGAUGUCCUCAUUUUUUUUUUUUAUUACGGUAUCUGUGGACACAACCACCGAACUUGCCUAGGUAGCCACACACCAGACACCUAGGGUAUGAGAGAGACCAAACAAAGGGUCUCGACAGGUCGAAAUAAUAAGUUCACUCAUCGG